CUACUAGAAGAAUCAUCUAAAGAAUUACCGUUAGCCAUUAAGGCGCUUCACAGACAUUUCGCAGAGACGUUUUCAGUUGGUAUAGGUGUAGUUGAUAUAUUUACUUCAGAUAAGAUUUUUUUGGAAAUUUCAGAAAUCGAAGACUCAUCUUUUGAUAACAUGUGA